GGGGAAGGCGGAGGGGGCUCCAUCUGGACUCGUGGUGGGAGUCGCGCUGUGUUCUCGAUAUCGUCGUUUCGGAUAAGUCGUCUCGUUCCUUUAGGCCCGACGUUAAUGAAAGCCGCGGGGAUCGGUUGGCCGAAACCCGGGAUUCGGGAUGUUCACGCUGUUGUACGGUCUCUGGAAGUGGAUUUUCCGGAAGGAUGAGUAUUUCAUACUCAUCUUGGGAUUGGAUAAUGCAGGGAAGACAACUUACUUGGAGCAGACAAAGACUCGUUUCACCAAGAACUAUAAGGCCCUUCCUCCAAACAAGGUCACAGCAACUGUGGGGUUGAACAUUGGGAAGGUGGACACACUUGGGGUGCGCCUUAACUUCUGGGACUUAGGUGGACAAGAGGAACUUCAGUCCCUUUGGGAUAAAUAUUAUGCUGAAUGCCAUGCCAUCAUCUAUGUAAUUGAUGCUUCAGACAGGUCACGGUUGGCUGAAUCAAAAGCAGCAUUUGACCAAAUGAUCAAGAGUGAGCAUUUGAUUGGAGUACCAUUGCUGAUUUUGGCAAACAAGCAGGACAUACCUGACUGCAUGGGUGUACGAGAAGUGAAGCCUGUGUUUGCAGACAGUGGAGAUUUGAUAGGUCGAAGGGAUUGUUUGGUUAUGCCUAUCUGUGCGUUAAAUGGAGAAGGGGUAGAAGAAAGUAUACAAUGGUUGACUGACUGUGUCUUACGCAAUAGCACAAUCAGGCCUCCUAAGGAAGAUAAAGAAUGAAGAUAUUAAUCAUUAUUCCAUGCACACUUGAGCAAGUACAGGAGUUCUGAAUUUAGCUCUAUCUGGACUGCAGAGACAACCAUGGUCAGGUUUCUCCAUAAUAAUUCACAGGACAACCCCCCCCCCCCUCCCCUUCCUAUCCAUCAUUGAUAGGCAGAGAUCCAUCAUGAAGUGAAGUAACUGAGGCAAAAUGGGAAAGUCUAAAAGGGAAAGCAUCCAUUGUCAUCAGUUUGAUAAAAGGCUUUGAGUUCCAAUUUAUGGAUUUAUUUUGUUUUCUUUCAUUCCACAUUUCUGAAUAUGAGAAAGAGUGGCAGCACUGCAAUCAAGGUUGAUGAAUGAGGCUCUCUCCCUCUCCUCUUCCACAGAAUCAACCUAAGUGAUGAAAUGUACCAUAGCAGUCCUGUCAGAUUUUCACCCCUUUGCUGCUUUUCUCCAGUUCAUUUUCUGCUGAGCCCAUGAAGGCCAUUCUUUCACACUAUUUAUAAGAGGAUGAAGGGUUAAUGAUGGUUAUUAGUGUUGAAACAACAAAAGGCUUAAAUCCUGGCUAAACAAUGAUAUUGUUUUACCAGGAUUCAACAUUUUUCGGGUACUGCUACAUUAUGUGGGCAUGAGGAAGAAAGUAGCACAAUUCAGAUUGGAUUGACAUUAAAAAACAUGACAUUGGAUUGACAUUAACAAGAAAAGAAUGGCCUCAAUGUUAAUCAUCUUUUGAAGCCACAACCCCUUUUUUUUUUCAAGUUUUCCUGUAUUAUCGCAAGCAUAUUAUGUAAAGUAUUUUAUUUAAUUGAGAUCUGGCAUUCAGUUUCCAUGGGUUCUGAUUCUGUUUGGUGUAUUCAUCAAGUUUCCCCUUUGGCACCUGUGAUGCAAAGUUUGUUCAUGAGCUUUACCCCUUUUCCUUUUAGGUAGUUUUUUCUAUACUGGUUGGAUAUUGGUGGUGUUGAGUAUUGAGAAUGUAUUUUUGAUGUUCUUGCUCAAUUUACCUACUGUUUCUUUUUCUUAAUUGCACAAAUUGCUGUGAUAUGUUGAGUGGAAGUGCAGAAGAACGUGGAGUAUGACUGCCUUUGUGCCCUGGAAUGAGGUAUGUUCUUUUUUUUCCUCCUGCUCAGAUGGUCAAAGAUGAAUGUUUGUCUAACAUGCAGGAUGCCAACUGCUGGUCUGACCUAGAAAGUCUCCUUAUAAAAUUUUUUUCCACACAAUAUUUCCCCCCUCCUUUUAUAGAAAUUUUGCAAAUAUGAUCUACUCUUUUAGUUACUGUCAACUCAAUUGAGAUAAGUGCAUGAAACCUGUUGUCAUUCAAAUUUCAAAUAUAUAUCUGUUCAUGAGAUACCUGGAGGCAUGGGCACCACUUGGACAAGUUAACCCAAUUGUCCUUAUGGAAACCAAUGUAGCAUUUUCUUAUAUCAGCUGCUGUAGCAAUGAAUAUUGAGAAGAGAGAUUUCUUUUAGGCUUAUGAAAGUAAUAUCCAAAAAGAAGACUGGCCAUGAUAGAAAUUGUGAUUGGGAGGACUAAAGAUUCCAGCAUGUUUGUGUUGAGGGGAUGUAGCCGACUCCAGUGAGGGUGCCAAGACUUGUAAACUCAUCUAUAAUUACUAUAAUUACUCAUCUAUAAUUACAUAGUGAUUGCAAUUUAAUAUUGAUGCUUUCUUUUUUGCUUUGACUCUGUUUUUUGUUAAAAUUUGUAUUAUAGUAGUUAAAGUUGAACCCUCUUAACUAUUUCAUAGUAAGUAUAUAUUGGAAUAGAAAAAAAAAAGCUUGUUAUCCCCUUUGCUUAUUAAUAUCACAUUGCCACAUUGUCAGAAAUAAUUAAUUCUUAAAUGGGACAUAGAUUUCACCAUGCACAAGGAU